AUGGUCACUCAAGGUCGCCCGUUGGAGGGCAAGUUCGGCAUUGUCACCGGUGGAUCGCGGGGAAUUGGGGAGGCGAUCGCACACAAUUUGGCUGCUAAGGGAUGCAACCUGCUUCUGAACUUCACCUCCGACUCAUCUCGUGCCCACACCGAGGAGCUUUGCGCCUCAUUAGCCUCCACACACGGCAUUCGUUGCGACCACGUCCAGGCCGACCUCAGCAAGCCCGAAGAAUCCUGCCAAUUGAUUAUCGAUGCCGCCAAAAAGUCCUUCGGAUCAUCAGACAAGUUUCAGAUCGACAUUCUCAUCAACAAUGCCGGCGUGGCUGGUGACAACAACCUGAACGACCCCGUCCGUGGCCCCAUUCGCGCUGAACAAUUCAACUGGAUGUACACCAUCAAUGUGCUCGCUCCGCUCCUCCUCACUCAAGCCGUGGCUCCUUAUCUGCCCACUGACCGCAGUGGCCGCAUCAUCAAUAUCUCCAGUGUCUCAUCUCAAAUGGGCUUUGUCGGACAAACCAUCUAUGGCGGCACCAAGGCGGCGCUUGAGUCCAUGACUCGCACAUGGGCACGUGAGCUCGCGGAUCGCGCGACGGUGAAUGCGAUCAACCCGGGACCGGUGGUCGGCGACAUGUACUUUGCGGCCGGCGAGAACUUUUGGCGCGACAUUCAGGGAUUCCAGGAUAACACGCCCGGAAGCAAGAUGGACCCCGAGGAUCCCGAGACACUGUCUCGUCUGACCGAGGAGCAAAGACGCCUGAUUCAGGAGAAGAUGGGUGGCCGGAGACCUGCUUUCACGAGUGAAGUGGCCGGCGUGGUUGGCAUGUUGACCACUGCCGAUGGCCAGUGGUGCACAGGAAGCCUGGUCUGCGCCAACGGCGGCAUGAAGAUGACGAUAGACAACUCGAUUUUCUUCUCAAAUCAGGAGGAAAGCGUGAAGUUGAUCUUCCAAGACCCUACUGCCGAUCAGCCAAGCGAGAUACACUAUGGUCCCGCGUUCUUUGAAUCAUACGAAGCCCUGGGCGACAUGAAAUACAUUCACGGCUUAAACAUGAGGCAAAACACCUCCAUGCGGCAACUCACUGAUGCGGCUGUGGAAGCAUGCCGCAUGAUGGCAUCAAAUCUGGACUCCUACGAGCUCGGCAAUGAGAUCAACAUGGAAGCACCCAAGUAUCGACCCGCGAAUUAUACGCUGCAGAGUUACGUGGAAGAGUGGAAUGCCAAGACCGAUGCCAUCGUGAAGGCCGUCGAGCAAAAUUGUCCCGGUGCACGUCCAGGCUUCAUGGCUCCUAGCUGGGUCAUCGCUCCGAUGGUGAAAGUGGAGAAUUGGACGCUAGAAGAGCUUUUCCACAGCGGAUUUGAUCCCAAGAAUCGGACCACGGACAUUUCAUUUCAUCAAUACUUUGGAGCCUUUGCACCUCCAUUGGCACCUGCCUCAUACGACCUUCAGCGAACACUUAUGAAUCACUCGAAUAUUGUGGACAACGUGGCACCCCACAUCGAACGGGCUCGGAACUUGGCGUAUCUGGGUCACCCCUACACUCUCGGAGAGACGAAUGCGAUAGCAAAUCAGGGUCGCAAUGGCGUGACAAAUGUUUUUGGGGAUGCCUUGUGGCUAGCUGACUACUCCUUGUGGUGUGCCACGAAUAAUAUCAAACGCCUCCACUUUCACCAAGGUCUGAACUACCGCUACACCUCGUGGCAGCCCAUUCUCAGCAAGGGAGAGCCACCAAAGACGAGAGCACCAUACUAUGGACAAAUCAUGGUUGCUUCGGCAAUUGGCCACGGGCAAGACGCUCGCAUUGUGAAUAUUCCGCUACCUGAGGAUACCGAAUCUGCGUAUGGGAUCUACAAGGGAGACAAGUUGUCCAAGCUGGUGGUUCUGAACCUCCAGGCCUACAAUCAGAGUGCCGUUUUGAAUCGCCCGAGUCGCGAUUAUCAAUUCAGAGUGCCGGGUCAUAUCAAGCAAGCCAAAGUCGAGCGCCUUUCUGCUCCCGGCAGUGAUUCACAGGGAAGCGUCACUUUUGGAGGUAUCUCUUACGACUACGAUCUGUUGGAGGGACAGCCGGUGGCGGUUCAAGAUCUGGAGCGACCGAUACAUGUCGAUCAUGGAGUUGUUCGGAUUAGUGUCCCAGACUCAUCGGCUGUUCUUUUGACACUUUCUUAA